ACAGAACAUGCUAUUCUCCUAAUUACUGACUUCUGGAAACCGGACAAAAUGUCUCUGCUGCAAUUGUACAUUUUAGAUUCUUCCUAAAAGCCAGGGGUAUCGGACUUAAUCUGCAAACGUUUACUUUUAGCUUUUAAAAAGUUCUGCUGCUAUGUAGAGCUGCAUCUUAGCUUCAGCGUCGUCGGUGUUUACGUCCCUGUUGUCGUUUAGAUGGGGAAAAGGAAAGACAUGAUUCACCCCAGGUUUCUCGGUGAAGGCAGCUCCAGCCUGCACAGUGUUCACAAGCGGAAACACAAAAAGCACAAAAAACACAAGCGGAAGCACCACAGCUUCAACGAGGUCCCAGAACCCGAGCCAGUCAUGGUUCCGCGGCCGCCUCCGCAGCUCAGGCUCAAGAUCAAAUUAGGAGGACAAACACUAGGAACCAAGAGUGUUCCCACUUUCACUGUGCAUCCUGGCGUGGCCCGCCCCCCCUCGCCUUUGAUGAUUAUUGAUAAUGAUGGUGAUGAUGAUGACGACGAUGAUGAUGAUGAGGAAGAGGAUGAGCCCUCUGUGCCUCUGGAGCAGUAUCGUGCCUGGCUAGAUGAAGACAGCAACCUGGCAACAUCUCCUCUGCCAGACAUGGACUCGGACUCCAUGCUGGGACCUGUGGACGAGGAGGAAAGGUGGCUUGAUGCUCUGGAGAAGGGAGAGCUUGAUGACAAUGGAGAGCUGAAGAAAGAGAUCGAUGAGUCUCUGCUCACCGCCAGACAGAAAGCCCUGCUACACAAGCAGCAGAGCCAGCCACUCCUGGAGCUGCCCAUGGGCUACAAGGAGAAGGAGAUGACUGCAGAGAUGAUGCAGAAAAGGGAGGAACGAGCUCGAAAGAGACGCCUGCAGGCCGCCAAGAAGGCUGAAGAGAACAAGAACCAGACAAUAGAGAGACUCACUAAAACCAGCAAAGCAAAGAUCAAGAGCAUGAGGGAGAGGAAGUCCAAGCAGAACCAGUGUCUCAUGGUGCGAUACAGUGACUCUGUUCAGGGUAUGGCCAUCUCUUUCCCUACAGGGGUCCCAGCCCUGGCCCAGAAACCUCCCUGUCCUCCACCUCCUGCCGCAGUGACUUGUGGGGUCAGCGGCUGCUCAAACAUCAAGAAGUACUCGUGCUCAAAGACCGGGGUUCCUCUCUGUAGCCUUGAGUGUUACAAGAGGAACCUGCUGCUUGUUCAGGGAGCAGCCUAAAAUGUACAGGCUACGCAGAUGUGGAAGGUACCACACGAACUGUGACUGUGAUUUUGAACAUGUGAAUUUACUUUUUAUUUCACCUCAGCUUUUUAUGUUUGUAGAAGUGUCAUAGUAACAAUAAUACUAAUGGCUUCACCUGUGCUAGUUAAAUCAUGUACACUGCAAAACUGAAAUUUAAUAAUCUUAUCUAUCAUCUGUUUAUGAAGUAAACAUUUGAUGACAGCUUUAGAAAAUCUUUGUUUUACAAACAUUACUUCCACUAGCUUCAAUAUUUAAUAUUACCAAUGAGAAUAUAUUGUUUAGUGAAUGAGAGUCAGUUAAUCACAGGAGGAAUAAAAGAGAGUAUUUCUUUA